GUGCCUAGGGCAAGGGCCCAGUCAAGCCCACCAUCUGUCUUUGUAAAUAAAGUUUUAUUGGGACACAGCUGCUCAGUUGGAACAGCCCCAUAAAGCCCGAAGCAGAACUUGCUCAGACAAUUGGCUGUUGGUCUGGAGUGUUAGCCCCUGUGCUGAGACCACACCCCUGGGAAACUGAAACUUUGGGUCCCUUUGUUCUGGCCCCUUCAUUUUAUCAGCAGGAAGUCUAGGUAAUGACUAGCCAUGGUCCUGUGGUUGGCAAAGAUGAAGAAAGGCUAGGUGUGGUGGCGCACUCCUGUAAUCCCAGCUACUUUGAAGGCUGAGAGGAGAAAUACAAGUUCAAGGCCCACCUCAGCAAUUUAGCGAGACCCUUCUCAAAAGAAAAAAGGCUAGCAAUGUAGCUCAGUGGUAGAGUACCACUGUUUCAGUCUGUAUCCUGCAAAAAACAAAAUAAAAGAUGAGGUUAGUCCUGGAGUCCAAGGGUGUCUGCUCUGGGACCCACAACCCUCCUGGCUGCCAACCCCCACCUAGAUCUCCUGAAGACUCAAAAUGCUUCCCACCCUGAGUGCCACUCCCAUGGCUUUCCAGGAGCUUUUCUCAGCUUCAGCAAAGAGCCUGGCAUAGCUUCCAGCGGGACUGGCCUUUUUUGUUUGUGACCUUUGGAACUGAAAACAAAGCCCAGUCAUGCACAGCCUGGAUGGGAAGGGCCAAUGUGCAUGACCCUUGUGGAGUUGGGAUCAGCUGCAGCUUAGAGGAAGCCUUGGCGUCCUGGUCCCCUCCACUCCUGGGGAUGUAGGUUCCACGUCUUUGCCUUGGAGUGGGUCGUGGGGCCCGUAACUGCUUCUUUUUGGGCCCUGACCACAGUCUCUUGUUCCUUCGGCCUCUGCUCUGUGGUCAGAACAGGGGGGGCGGUGUCUCUGUGGGGCUGGUGUCCGUCCGCCAUGGAUACCUCACCCUGGACUUAGGGUGGUCUUGGGGAGCCUUCCAGAGCUUUCUCAGCUUGGGGCAAGUGCUCUCUGUAGAUCAGAUUCCAUGUAAGAUACCAGAGGCCUGAAAGUCCCUGAGAAGGGCUUCCUGGGUUGGUCACCCUGGCGAGGGGCAGCGUGUGGUUUCUGCGUUCUGUCAGCAGGAGCGGCCUGGUUUUGCUCUUCUCUUCUGAUGUCGUCUCUCCUUUCAGAAAGGGUGUGGCAGCUGAGCUGCACAGGCCAGGCAGGGGCCUUGCAGGGAGAUGUCUGAGGGCAGGGGCAGGUCUCAGCUAGAAGAGUGUGUUCCUUCCUUUCCUGGUGGCACUAUUUUUGGAGUUGGACGCUCACCGAUGUCUGCUUGUUCCAGGGAAAUGUGCUCAGCUCGCAGUGCAUCUGGCGAGUGGGAGGGGACAACCAGUGCUGGCGGCCUGUGUCCAGCUCAUCCCUAGUCUUCUCUGGGGCCAGAAUGAGGCAUGUUGGAUCCCUUUCCUGUGCACGGGGUCUCACUGGUGAGGUCCUUCAUGUAGGGCCACACAGCCCACCCUGUGAUCUAUGAAUGGCUCCAUCCUGGGGUCAGCUUUUCAUAAACCGGAAGUAAGCUGUGUCAAGGAGGAUUCUGCUGAGGUGUCUGUCCUGAGAGGAUUGAUGAGGUGUGGCCCCGGCUCUCUCUGCGCUACCCUCCUGUCAUAGCAUCUCUGAGCUUAGGAGGCCGCGGAUUCCCCGCUGAGCAGCGCCUGCCAGAGCUCACAUGUGCAAGGAUUCUCUUUCACUGAGACCAUCAAUCCGAUUUCAAGGAAGCCAAGGGCACAUCUCCAUCCCUCAGCCUGACUGCCCCGAGGAGGCGCGGACAUUCUCCUUCUACCUCUCCAACAUCGGCCGGGACAGCCCCCAGGGCAGCUUCGACUGCAUCCAGCAGUACGUCUCCAGCCAUGGGGACGUCCACCUGGACUGCCUGGGCAGCAUCCAGGACAAGGUCACAGUGUGCGCCACUGACGACUCCUAUCAGAAGGCCCGUGAGAGCAUGGCGCAGGCGGAGGAGGAGACUCGGAGCCGUGGGGCCAUCGUCAUCAAGCCCGGAGGCCGCUACCUGGGCAAAAAGGUUCACUUCCGGAAGCCAGCCCCAGGGGCGACAGAUGCAGUGCCUUCCCGGAAGCGUGCCACCCCCAUCAACCUGGCAAGUGCUAUCAGGAAGAGUGGUGUAAGCGGGGCCAGCGGGGUGUCCCAGAGGCCUUUCCGUGACCGAGUGCUGCACCUCCUGGCCCUGAGGCCCUACCGGAAGGCCGAGCUGCUGCUGAGGCUACAGAAGGACGGCCUGGCGCAGGCAGACAAGGACUCCCUGGAUGGCCUGCUCCAGCAGGUGGCCAAUGUGAAUGCCAAGGACGGCACAUGCACGCUGAGGGACUGCAUGUACAAGGACGUGCAGAAGGACUGGCCUGGCUACUCAGAGGGGGACCAGCAGCUGCUGAAACGAAUGCUUGUCCGCAAGCUGUGCCAGCCACAGAACACCAGCCUGCCUGGAGACCCCGUGGCCACCAGCCCCCCGGGCGAGCAUGGCAGCUCAGCCUCGCCCCCUCAGAAACGGCCACAGCCACCUGAUUUCAUUGACCCCCUGGCCAACAAGAAACCCAGGAUAUCGCACUUCGCCCAGAGAGCCCAGCCUGCCCUCAACGGGAAACUGAGUGUGCCCAAUGGCCGCGAGGCCCUCCUGCCCACCCCAGGGCCGCCGACUAGCACGGACACCCUCAGCUCCAGUGCCCAUCUGCCUCCGCGACUGGAGCCCCCGCGGGCCCAUGACCCCCUGACCGAUGUUAGCAAUGACCUGGGCCACAGUGGCCAGGACAGUAAGCGCGGGGAGGCUGCUGCCCCCAGCCCUGCCACUCACCUUGGUCUCCCCCUGCUGACGGACUGCACCCAGCCCGACAGGCCCCACGACAGCCCUGCCCGCAGCCAGCCCAAGAAGAAGUCCAAGAAGCACAAAGACAAGGAGAGGGCGGCCGAGGACAGGCACCGGACCCAGCCGCCAGAUCACGCUCCUGCCACCCACAGAGCUCCCCCCGAUGCCCCAGGUCUGAACGGGACCUGCGGCAGCGCCAGCGUGCCCUCGUCCACAUCAGAGACACCAGACUAUCUGCUAAAAUACGCGGCCAUCUCCUCCUCCGAGCAGCGCCAGAGCUACAAGAACGACUUCAACGCUGAGUACAGCGAGUACCGCGACCUGCACGCCCGCAUCGAGCAGAUCACGCGGCGCUUCACACAGCUGGAUGCCCAGCUGCGGCAGCUCUCGCAGGGCUCCGAGGAGUACGAGACCACUCGCGGGCAGAUUCUGCAGGAAUAUCGAAAAAUCAAAAAGACCAACACCAACUACAGCCAGGAGAAGCACCGCUGCGAGUACCUGCACAGCAAGCUGGCGCACAUCAAGAGGCUCAUCGCCGAGUAUGACCAGCGGCAGCUGCAGGCCUGGCCCUAGCCGGCACCCUCCACCUCACGGGCCCUCUGGGUGCCAGGGGCUGGGGGGUGCGCGUGGGAGAGAGGAUUUAUUUAAAACAAUAAACACGGGAGAUGUACGCAUCUGAGCCAGCACCACGGCUGUCAGGGAGGCCUCGCCAUGCUCGCCCAGUGGGGUGGCCGAGGCCCGCCCUGCCUCCCUGCAGGCCAGGCCCACGGAAGCCCACCUUGGGGUCCCACUUCCCCUCUCGCCACAACCGAAGACCGGAGGCCAGCCUGCCUGCCUUUUCUAGUUUUAUACAAUGUCAGCCACUUUUAGCUACUGCUAGAGACUCAAGUCUAUUUUUGUACAAAAGAGAAAGCAAAAUCUUUUUUUCUAAA